GAGGCAAGCCAGAAAAUGGAUCCAUUGGAGAAGGCGAACGAUGAGCUUUGAGUUGGUCAGGAAGGCUGACGUUUAUUCACAAGGGCAGAGGUUAGGCACAUUGUUAAUGUCAUGCGUUUUACAGCGAGUUGAGUGAACAUUGCACUUUAACCUGAGUACUUGACAGCAGCCGAGCCAGUCACGGAAACAGCCAGUGUCCGUGCUCUGACAGAAGCAGCUCCUCAGUACGUGAGGAGACCAGGGAGCCGGCACAAGGACAAAUGCUUCAUGUUGCUCCCCCAGCCAUGGUUUCUCAGCGCUGCCUGCUUGCUGCGAAGGAUGGUGACCUGGAGACUCUGAAGAGCCUGGAAGCCAGUGGCAAGCUGACCGAGAGCAUCGAGGAUCAGCUGGGGGCUAGCCCGGUCCAUCACGCCGCCAGGGCGGGCAGGUUGGACUGUCUGAAGUUCCUGGUCACCCAGGCGAAGCUACCGGCGAACAAGCGAGCGAAAAACGGAGCGACUCCCGGCCACGAUGCCGCGGCCACCGGGAACAUCGAGGCGCUGCAGUGGCUGACCCGGGUCGCUGGCUGUGACAUCAAUGCCCGCGAUGACUAUGGUGCGUCUACCCUCCACCUGGCAGCUCGGUUUGGCCGACCAGACACAGUCCAGUGGUUGCUACAGGAGGGCUGUGACGCCACGAUGGAGACGGACAAUGGUGCAGUGCCAGCGCAUUACGCAGCAGCAAAGGGAGACUCGUCAUGUUUGAAACUCCUCGUUGCCCACUCCCCAAGGGCUCUGAAUAAACAGACUCAGAAUGGUGCCACCCCUCUCUACCUGGCCUGUCAGGCAGGCCACCUUCACAUCGUUGAGUACCUGGUGAAGGAGUGCAAAGCCAACUUGGACCUCCGGGCCCAUGAUGGUAUGACAGCUCUCCAUGCAGCUGCCCAGAUGGGGCAUUGUGCACUGGUGGUCUGGCUGAAAUCCUUCACAGAUGCAGAUCUAUCUGCACAGGACAAUGAGGGAGCGACUGCAAUGCACUUUGCUGCCAGCGGAGGGCAUGUUGGGACGUUGGACCGAUUAAUAAGGAUGGGGGCAAGGAUCCUGAGGGACCAUUGGGGUGGGACACCCCUACAUGAUGCUGCUGAGAAUGGACAACUGGAGUGUUGCCAGAUCCUCAUCAUGAAUCAAGUGGACCCCACCAUUCGAGAUGAUGAUGGCUACACUGCCGCAGAGCUGGCAGAUUACAAUGGGAAUGUGGACUGUGCCAAUUACUUGAAGCAAGUUGAGAUAAUGCCAGUACCAGAUGACCCUCCAGCUUCUGUUCAGAGACACGAAUCGUUCCGGAAAACAAAGAGCAUUGUGAGGCAGCAGAGCGACAGUGACUACUACAGAUCCAUCAACGAGGGCCGCAGGGAGUCACGUGACUUUCAGAAAGGAAUGGAGAAUGGCAAGAAUACAAUUCUGGUGAAACCCACUCAAAUAUCUCCACAGCAGCUGCCAGCAGCCCCACCACUAUCACCCCUUAAACCAGCAGCCCCUGAGUUACCAAGGCAGAACCAUCCAAACCCAAGUGGUGGGAAGUCAUUCGACACAGGAUAUCUCAAAGAAAACAAUUAUGCAGCCCUCAUUGCGGAGCUCAAGUCAGGCAAGACACUAAAGUCUACAGGUUUUGGUGGGACUGUGGCUCAGACAAGCCAAAGUCAAACAUCCGAAGAGCAGUCAAAAGAGAACAGAAUUGUGUCACUCCCUGUGGAUGAGGUCACCACGACCGAUGUUGAUUUGCUGGUGCCCACUCAUGAUGAGAGGGGAGAUCCCAUCCCGGAGUGGAAACGUCAAGUGAUGGUGCGAAAACUACAGGCACGACUCAAGGAUGAAGAAAGGCAACGGAAGAUGCACAACGGCAAUGGUUAUCUACAGACGGAGAUAUGGAGGUACUCCCAGGAACACAACGCCAUACUGGGUCCAUUUGGAGAGCUUCUGACUGAGGAAGAUCUUAUCUACCUGGAGAAGCAGAUCGAGACAGUCCAAGUCAUGAAAAGGUGCCAGGGAUACGAGGGGGAGUUGAAUCAGUUGGCGGUGCAGCUGCGGACCAUUCUCCCUGCUCCCAUAGUCAACCUAACAGUCAGUAUUCAGCCUUUGCGUCAGGAUUCAGGCAAGGAUAAACACUCAUCUUUGCCCGUGUGGUGCAGCAGGAUAUCUGGCAUUGUGAGGACUAUGUCACUGCUUCUGUCAAAUUUGAAUGAGAAAGACUGCGCAGAGCAACACAACAGCAAGGAAAUCACCAGAAUGCCAAAUGUGGAAUUAGCAGCUAUCCCCUUCUCAUCCAAGCCCAACCAAACGUCCUCCCGAAACAAAGUGGAGAAAGAGAUUCAGCAGUUCGGUGUCUCCGUACGCACACUCAAAGCAAACUUUGAAAAGCAAUGUGUGAGCAAAGAAAAAGCUUUGGCGUGCUCUGACACACAGGGAAACCAGAAAGGUAUAGGCAAAGAGGAUGACAGCAAUGGUGGCUCUUACUCCAAGUCUUCUGAAUGUGGAGAUGGGAGUCAAAGUGUAGAAGCUACUCAUGAUGAGGAUGAAUCUCUCCAUGAGGUUAUUACCAGGGGUCAGCAGAGUGAAUCAUGUGAAGAACAAUUGCCUGAUCCUGAGCAGUCAGGCAGGAUGGAGGACAGAAGUGAGUCAAGAAUCGCUUCACAGGCUAACAUAGCUGAAGACAGCACUGUACAUUCACCUGUGACUGAGUCGACUAGUCUGAGAAAAGAAAGAAUUGUUGUAUUAUUCCUGGGUCACUGGAAAAAGUCAACUUACGCCAUGUCUUUGGGAACGAAAGUCAGAAACCUGCAUAAAGUUGCCAGUGUUGAAGAUAGCAGUGAACUACCAGAUAAUGGCAAGAUGGCUGAAACAGGGGAGAGUAAACAAACACCAGAGUUGGAAAGACAACUGGAGCCCCAAUCUAAACAAUCCAUACAAAAUGGAAAAUUUAGGCACCUGUUCCUACAGCAAAGGACUAUCACCAAACUCAUUAGUAAUUGGAGAAAUAUCAUAUCCCAUGUUCCAUCCAGACAGAUUAGAAGACUGAACAGGCAAAGGAUCACCUAUUCCCCUGAACAGUUUCUCCCACGUGUCAAUGGCGUUCCUGUUGAUCACAACAGCCUGACCCUUGAUCUUUUUAUGCUGGGGUACUUUCACAUCCUCGAGCUAGACCUGCCCCCAGAUGAAAGGAAAAUGAGGCAUCUUCUGUGUUUCGAGGUGUUUGACCACUUGGGGAAGUUCAGUUGGGACUUGGUCCGUGCGUUCCACAAGGCUGUCAUUGAGGAGAUUGAUGCUGGCAAAAGGGAAUGGAAAGAUGGGUUUGACGACAUUAAGCAGAGGUUCUUCAGCAACCCUGAAAACAUGGUGGCUGCAAUGAACACGCCCUCACAGCCCAAGACAGCUGUAAGAGCAGUGCCUAAAGUUGUCGUGCAAAGUGCCACACCUGAAGAGGAUGAAAUGUCCAUAGGGCAAGGCUAUUCUUCUGACCUUGGAGGUUUCAGCAAUGAUGAGAUUUGCAAGUACAUUGACAGAAGCUUUACUUUCUGGAAGGACAAGGAAGCUGAAAUUUUUGAUUUUGAGAAGUAGCUUCAGGAUUACUGUCCAUCUGAUGAUGUGGUUCGAUUUCCUACAGCUCAUGGGAGAAUAGUUGGGUUAGUUCUCUGGCCCAAAUGGACUUAGGUUUCAUAAAUUGAGCCUUUGUGACCAAGAUAAAAAGGGGACACGUUUUUUGGUGCUAGUAUAGUCUGUUACUGACUGCAUUAUAUUGAGUCUUGACUAGUGUCCCCUUAACUACAAUGGAAGUGUUAACAAACCCCAACUAAUCAGCAGAAUCCUGUGAUCCACUCUUCGUAAUGAACAGAAACCAUUUCUCUCCUCUCCAUAAUGACUCUUCCAUACAAUAACCUUGAAUCUUACGUGCACUCUAUCCAUGUAUCUAGCUAAAAUAAUUGUGUAAUUCCUGAUGAUAGACAUCCAGUUGCUCAAGACAUCCACGAGUAUGGUUUAUUUUUGUAAGAAUGGGCCAAUUAAACUAAACACCAAUGGAAUAGCAUGUAAUACCAAAACUAUUCUUUUUUACAAAUGUUAGUGGUCCAAAAGAUUUAGUGCACUAAGUAGAAUGACCUGUUAAUACAGCGCUACCAAACUCAUAAAUCACAAUAUAACCUGCCUUCCUUCACUGCAAGCUUGGUGCAAUAAGAUGCAUUAUUAUUAUAAUGUAACCUAUCAUGGAAACCAAGCAAUCACAUACUUAGUUCUGGCUUCACCCGUUAAAAUAUAUAUGUAAUACAAUAUAAAUGCAUUGGUCCCUUAGUGUAUUGAGUUAAUAGAUUACUUUGGUUUAAUACUGUUCAAGGCCUGAAAUAAUAUUACUCUAGAUUAAGCACAACACCAGACAUGUAUCUCGGAUUCCAGCUAUGAAAAGAAUCCAUGUUGCUACAUACGAAAGAGAUAUGCAUCUAUAUUGCAUCUUACCACCUCAUUCAGAAGCAUAUUAUACUCGGGAAUUUUUUUUUGCAGUGCAGUAAGUAUAAUUUUGGCAAACGUUGCAGAUGAUUUGCACACAGCAAGAUACUAUAAAAAUAAAUGGAAUUAAUGUCUAGUUAAUCCAUUUAGUUUCCUCAAAUAAUUCCACACGAAUAUUGUUUAGGACAGCAGGUAAAUCUCUUCAUUGACAGACUGUAUCUCUGAUUAGUGUGUUAUUGGAAACCUUUAACUAAAACAAGGCUUGAAGCAUAAUCUUCCUACUUGGGUGGGAAUGAUGCCAAUUGAACCAAAGUUGAGCUAACACUUUUUCUUAUAAAUAAUGGUAGCUUCAAAAUCAUCAGCAAAAUGAAUGACCAUUCAUAUGCCACCACUGGUAGAAGUUGAACAACUUUAACUUUAUACCAGAAAAAAACUAAUUUAGUUGAAGCUCUAAAUAUAGUCAUGCCUAAAGUGCAUCGAACACAGAAACCCUCCUUCACUUUUCUAAGUCAUUCAACUCCACUUGGUACAUAGGGUCAUAGAGUCAUAGAGAUAUACAGCAUGGAAACAGACCCUUCGGUCCAACCCGUCCAUGCCAACCAGAU